AUGGCGGAGGGAGAGAGAAAUCAAGAUAAAUCAAGAUUUUUCCAGAUGAAGAGCCCUUCAGACUCCCCUGUGACUUUACCCUGCACUCCACAGGCCUGCGAGACGCCACCAUCUCCCCACACAAAUAGUUCAAGAAAACAACCUAUGAGUGCGGCACUUCGAGAACGACUAAGGAAAACAAGAUCAUCAUUUCCUUCCUGUUACAGUGUAGUAAAACGACUUAAAGUAGAGGAUGAAGAAAGUGAUCCAAUUGUUGCAGAGAAACCAUUGUCUUCAACAGAAGGAAACUGUUUGGAAUAUCAAGAAAAUUUUAAACAUGUAGACAAUGAAUCUGAAGAAAGUACAUGUUUGAAAAGUACCUUCAAGAAUAUCAGUGCAUGUGAAUCUAAAUCAGAUAGUGCUCUCCAAAAUAAUUUUGUCAGUGAGAAUCUUCCCAAACAGGGAUUACAGGAAGUAAAAGCAAAUUUGGUGAAACAGAUUCAAGAGAAAGAAGACUUUCUUCGGAGGUUGAAACUAGUUAAAAUGUAUAGAUCAAAGAAUGACCUGUCUCAGAUCAGGUUGCUAAUACAGAAGUGGAGGAAGUGCAGCCAGCUGUUACUUUAUGAGUUGCAGUCAGCUUUGUCUGCGGAGAAUAAGAAACGAAGUCUCACUGAGUUGAUAGACCACUAUGGGUUAGAUGACAAACUGCUCCUCUAUAACAGACGUGAAGAAGAAUUUAUAGAUGUUGAACUGUAA